AUGGAGAAGUACGAAUUUGUGAAGGAUUUGGAUUCGGGAAAUUUUUGCGUUACUAAACUUAUGAGGAACAAACAGACCAAAGAACUUGUUGCCAUGAAGUUCAUUGAACGUGGUCCUCAGAUGUAUUCGAAUGUGGCAAGAGAGAUUAAAAACCAUGUAUUUUUUCCGCAUCCAGAUAUCGUUUGUUUCAAGGAGGUUACUAUAACCAGAACCCAUUUGGUUCUGAUGAUGGAAUAUGCAAAUGGAGAACUUUCCAAAAACGUUGACAAUUCUGGUGGUUUAUCAAAAGAUGAGGUCUAUUAUCUCUCUCUUUUACUCCCUCUCUGA